AUGUUAGGGGAACCCAUUAAGUUGAUCCAUGCUUCCGUUUUGCUCUAUGGAAGUGAAACUGGACGCACUAUCAGUGGGUCUUGGAGUCUAGCCCUGAUGCCUUUUGUAAACAAGUCCCUUCGCCGGAUCAUGGGGAUACAGUUGGAAGGACCGUGUCGACUUAAUCGAUAUGCAAGCCAGUCAGAUGGAAAACAUCGUUUCAUUCUGAACUAUCAGGAUCACUUGACGAAGAAGGUGUGUCUUCUUGCUCUACAGACGAAAACUGCUGCAGAAGUUGCUUUCCACCUCGUUGAUAUAUUCUGUGACAAAGGAGCCCCCCAUAUCCUGAAGUCUGACAAUGGAAGAGAAUUCUCAAAUAAGCUUGUCAAGGAAGUUCAGAUGAUGCGGCCAGAGUGCAAGAUGGUUCAUGGCAAACCACGACAUUCCCAAUCGCAGGGCUCGGUGGAACGUGCCAACAGGGAUUUGAAGCAAUGCUCGCAUGUUGGAUGA